UAAGAAUUGAGCUUCUUCUCCAAUGGAGCAACCAAAUGCGGUGAAACUGGUUGAGAUUUGCAGGGUGGCUCCAAAAUCAUCAAGACAAGAUCUGUUGUCCCUUCCUCUUACCUACUUUGACUCUCUCUGGCUAAGGUUUUCACCUGUGCAGCGCCUUUACUUCUAUGAAUUCACACCUCCUUCCCCUGCGGAUUCUAUACUUGCCUAUCUCAAAACCUCACUCUCCCUCACUCUCGAUCACUUUUUACCUCUGGCCGGAAACCUAACUUGGCCUCAGGACUCCGCCAGACCCAUUCUCAGCUAUGUCCAAGGUGACACCGUUACACUCACAGUAGCUGAGUCUGAUGCAGACAAUUUCAACCACCUUUCGAGCAACAGCGUCUUUGUCCAAACCAAAGCUUAUCAUCCUCUUGUUCCCCAAUUGCAGUCGUCUCACGAACGAGCUGCAGCCAUUGCAUUCCAGAUAACUCUAUUUCCUGGCCGUGGCUUUGCCAUUGGAACAGCCAUGCACCAUGCGAUCCUUGACGGUAAAACUUCAAACUCGUUUGUUAAGUCGUGGGCUCAUGCGUGCAGCAAACUGGUUGAAAGUGGCUUGUCUGUUGGAUCAGACAUUUCGCUACCGGAGCCGUUAUAUGACAGAACGUGCAUUCAUGACCCGACCGAGCUCGGUCUCGAGUCCUUCUACUUAAACGAAUGGCUAAAAAUGGACGGCCCCAACAACAGAAGCCUGAAGCUUUGGGAGUUGAAACCUCCACCAGAUGACUCAGUUCGAAGCAUCUUUGAGUUCACACGCGCACAGAUCCAAACCCUAAGGCAGAUGGUAGUAGAAAAACUUUCUGAUCCAGUACAUGUUCAUCUGUCAAGUUUUUCUCUAGUGUGUGCUUAUACUUGGGUUUGUUUAGUCAAGGCACAAGAAGUAGACGCCGGAAAAACGUCACUUCAGGGAUUCACUGUGGACUGUAGGUCUCGAUUGGACCCUCCGGUACCACAAAACUAUUUUGGGAACUGCAUCAGGGGUGUGAUGGUGUCUGCAGAAGCAAAAGAGUUAUUGGGUGAAGAUGGCUUGGUUGUGGCGGUCACAGCAAUUAGUGAGGCUAUUUUAGGUCUGGACAAGAAUGGGAUUUUGAAUGGGGCGGAGGAGGUAUACAUUUCGAAAAUCCGCGACUUUUUUCAGGUCGAGGGAUUAUAUUCUGUUGCUGGUUCUCACCGAUUUGAGAUUUAUGAUACCAACUUUGGAUGGGGCAUGCCGAAGAAAGUUGAGGUUGUUUCCAUAGAUAGGACCGGCGCAUAUUCAGUGUCGGAUUCCAAGAGCGGUGGUGGAGGUAUAGAGGUUGGGGUGGUUUUGAAGAAACAUUAUAUGGAAGCUUUUGCUUCUCUAUUUGCUCAAGGUUUUCAAAAACACUAAGUUAGGGUUUGAGAAAAGCCCUAUAUUGCAGUUGUACGUAAACUAUAAUAAUAGCUUUACUGAGAUGGAUCAGGGGUGGUUGAGGACUUGAGGCGUUGGCCGGCCAGUAGGUUAGCCUUGUCGGUGAUAUGAUAUUUCUGCAUCACUUUCUUCAAUUUAUUAGCAUGUG